UAGGAGCAGAAGUCCUAAAAGAGACAGUCAAAGAUCUGAUCGAGAUAAAUAUCUUCCCAAAAGUCGAAGUCCUGAGAGAAGAAGUGGGAGUGGUAAAUAUUAUGAUAGUUAUGGUUACAGAAAGAGAGAGAAGAGACAAAUGAGCAAAAGUCCACUUCGACACAGGGAAAAUGUUACCAUUGUUAAAAUCAAUUUCAAUGACAUUGAGAAAGGUGAUAUCAAGAUACGUCGAUUAUCAACAGUGGAUUUUACCAGUGACACUAGUAACUUUGAUCUACCAUGGACUACUAAAUGGUUGUGGUACUGGAAGUCAGAAACAGUCUGGAUUCCAUAUGGAAGACAGGAUAAUACGGGUUCUAAAGCUGAUAUAUCAUCUGCAGAUAUCGAGAAGAACUACCUAAAUGAACAUGAUGUUAUGGAAUUCAAAACCAACAGUUCGUCCUCAUUAACUCACAGUCAAUUAUAUGAGAUCAAAUUCCAACAAAUGAUUCAGAUAAAUAAAAUACAUGGCACUGAAAGAAAACUUGCCAGAAGACCAGAAUUUGUGGAUGAAACUGUUCUAAAACAGAGAAUUGAAAGAGUAAAACGCUCGAAGGAGGUCCAGACAUUUUCUACACCACGAUCAUGGAAGGUGCCUAGUGACGUGGAUGUUUUCUCACAUUUUAAAAUGGUUCAGCUGGAAGAAUCUAGUGAUGAAUAUGAAGAAUUAAGUGAACUAUUUGAAUCUGGUAUCUCACUAGGAAGAAUAAAAAUGAUUGAAAGAAUAGAAAAUGGAGAGCUGUGGAGGGCAUUUUGUGAAACCAAGGGUGUCCUGGGCAGAAAAUUGAAACGGGAAGUAAAAGACAGAAGAUUAUUUCAUGGGACAGACAGUAAAAUAGUAGAUGCUAUAGCCAGACAGGGAUUUGAUUGUCGUUUAGCUGGAACUAGAGUCGGUGCACUGUUUGGUAAAGGAUGUUAUUUUAGUAAAACUUCAGAAGUCUCAAGCCAUUAUUGCGACACUUUGGGGAAGAUGUUUGUUGCUCGAGUUUUGCUAGGAGAUUACACGAAAGGACAAAAAUCUUUUAGACGACCACCCUUAAAGGAUCUCUCUAAUCCUUCCAGUGAUUUGUAUGAUUCUUGUGUAGAUGAUAUGAAUGAGCCUAGAAUAUUUAUUUUAUUUAAUAACAAUCAGGUAUAUCCAGAAUAUCUGGUCACUUUUGAAAUUAAUUAGAGAUAUUAAUUUGACACUUUUAACUAAAUAUACUGACACUUUUAACUAAAGACAUUGGCACUUUUAACUAAAGACAUUGGCACUUUUAACUAAAGACAUAUUGGUUGAUAUUUCUAACUGAAGAUAUAUAAUAUUUCUAACUAAAGACAUAUUGGUAUUUCUAUACUGAUAUUUCUAACUAAAGAUUUAUUUAUACUUUUAACUAAAGACAUAUUGAUAUUUCUAACUAAAGACAUACUGAUAUUUCUAACUAAAGACUUAUUGAUAUUUCUAACUAAAGAUUUAUUUAUACUUUUAACUAAAGACAUAUUGAUAUUUCGAACUAAAGGCAUACUGAUAUUUCAAUCUGAAGAUAUAUUAUUUUUAUACGACCACAUUUUAUUGUCGUCGCCCCUGUAUGGUGUCCACAAUUGGUUGUCGAAGCUCUAGAGGCCAAAGUUAAUAUCCGAUUGACUUUAAAUUUAUGCACAGUGUUUAAGAUCAUGAGAUGAAGAAUCCUAUUGAUUUGCACCAAUUUCCGAUAAUUACUGCCAGAGUUAUGGCAAUUGACCUCUUUGAAAAAUCUUGUGGAAGCUCUGGAGUCUAAAGUUAAUAUCUGAUUGACUUUAAAUUUAUACACAGUGUUUAGGUCAUAAGACGGAGAAUCCUAUUGAUUUUCAAGAUUUCCGAUAAUUACUGCCAGAGUUAUAGCCCUUGAUCACUUUGAAAUAUCUUGUGGACGCUCUAGACGCUAAAGUUAAUAUCCGAUUGACACAUAGUGAUUAAUUGCACAUUUAUCUUUUUCAAAAGUAUUGAGCAAUCAAACUGAUUAUUUAUAUUUAGUGUAAGCAUAAAAUGUUCAUGAUCAAACUCAGUCGAGGUUUUGAAGUACCUGGUAGUGAAGAGAGAGAGAGAGAGAUGGUUUUAAAGUCCACUCGACACAAACUAGGUCAUUUUGGGACUAACAUAUUCAAUUUUAUUUCAAUAAUUCACUUGCGCGUAGGGGUCUUUAGAAGUGGGAGGAAACCAGAGGUCCCUACUCCUUGUCAUGUACAACCGGGGAAUCGAAACCAGACCAGUUGACUCAAUGACAGAUCUUAUGAUAGAGCUCAUGCGUGCUGACUAGGGUGUUUCACUUUUCACUUUUUUUGGAAUUUCUAAGGUUUCCACCCGUCACCGAAGUUCACUCGGGGUC